UAAACAAACAAUAAAUGAAUUCAGUAUUAAUAUUUGCUUUUCUAUAUUGAAUUUGCAUGAAAAUUGAUUACACCGCAUUUAAAAUCCAUUCAUAUGUACAUCUUAACACACGUCACAUUCCAAACACACGUACACAACUGUUUACAACAUAUGAGUAAUCUCAGUUUUCUAAUCCACUUGAAUGACAAAGAUUUAGUUUAUCAUGCAUUUCUAAUGGUGAUUUCAACUUUAGUCUGUGGAACAAAAAAUUAGAAUAAACAGAUCAAUGGAACAAAUGUUUGGAAUUUAUAUGUGUAAACAUUGAUAUAGAUAAAAUGUAAGAUAAACUGUGACACAAAGUAGAUAUUAAAUCAUAGUGGAAUUUAAAUCCUUAAAAAAUAAAAAUGUCAUGUUAUACUUCUUGAUAAAGAUUGAAAUUCAAGGGAUAUUAUUUCUGCCAAAAUACCAAUAUGGACCAGGGAGAACUUGCAGAACAGCUGGCUUUGGUCCAAGAAAUGGUACAAGAAAUGAAGCAUGGGUUCUCCAGCGCCAUGGAGGAGCUUGCUAAGAUACAGUUCGGGGAUCAGAAACUUCAACAACAAAUGACCAGUGAACGAGACCAACAUGAACUGGAGGUGAAAGAUUUAACCGGUGCUGUCAAUCUGUUAAGAGAAGACAUCAAAUCUUUUUCAUCUCAGCUGAAUGAAGUGAGUGACACCCAGAAGAAUUUAGAAGAAAAAGUAAACAGUAUGGAGUGGAAAAAUAAAAACUUUAUAAAGGAGGAACUUGAAAGACUUGGAAUUUCUGAUAAAAACAGGUCAUCCCCUGCACCAAGUCGUAAUAAGAGGUCUCCUAGUCCAACAAAAGAUGUAUCACCCAUGGUUCAUCCAUAUCUAGCAAGCUUACAACAACAGCAACAGAAAAAUGUUGAAGAAGAUAACCAGUCAAUAACAGCUUUGGCAUGUAAGAGUUUGAAUUUGUCCCAGGCUCUACAUGAGAAAUGUUUACAUUUAGACAUGUCAGUAUCUACCAGUGAUGAGGAAGAAGCUGUCAGAAUGUCAAAGAUGCCUCCAUUUCCUGUUGCAGUGAAAGAAUCAAGCUAUUAUCAGGAGACACACCCAUUUGCACCACAGAAAAUCCCACCACAUGAACAGCUUAUGGAAGAAGUACAAAGAGAGAAGAUAGCACAAGAAAUGGUGGAUGCUGAAAAAAGUUACUGUUCACACUUAUGGACAAUUAUAGAUGGCUACAUGAACACUUUACGACAAGAAGAAUUAAUGAGUUCUAGAGAAUUAUCAGAAAUGUUUCCUCCAGUCAUUCCACAUAUUUACGAACAACAUUGUAUAAUGCUCAGGAAAAUGGAAGAACGAUUGUUAAAAUGGAAGUACAGUGGAAUUAUGGGAGAUUUAUAUGUACGAUUAACAGAUCCACAAAAUAUAGAUGGUUUAGCUUUGUAUAAAGAUUACAUUACAGAAUUCCCAUCAGUUAUCAACAGUAUGAAUCUAUGGUUUGCUCAGUCAGCAAGAUUCAGGGAUAUCAUGAGGAGUUCAUGUUUAGCCUCAUCCAGUAUAGUACCAUUGUUAUUAGCACCAUUACAACAGAUACCCAAAUACUCACUGCUUAUAAAGAAUAUGUUAAAGUUUACCAGUUCAGAUCACCCAGACAGAUAUUAUUUAGAAUCAUCAUUAUCAAGGUUAAAGAAUUUCCUAAAUACAAUGAAUGAUGACCUUGAAGGUGCCAUGCAGUUUCUUAACAUUGGUAAACCUCCAAUAUCUCGGUCCAGAGAUAGCGGGAACUCCGUCAGAUCACAGUCCAGUGGUAGUAGCUGUGAAGCUAACCGAGUGUCAAGUGCUAGAGAUAGUGGGAUCCAUUCCAAUGGUGAAGAUAUGGGUAGACAUGCAGCAUCCCCUGCUACUACUAGGAGGUAUGUUCUUCAGGUGCUAAGAGAUAGAAGAGAAAGGGAACAGACCGGUGAACAUUUUCAUAAUGGACCUGCAUUGAAUCCGAUGAGGCCUAAUGUUCAUGCAUUUGGUAGUCAUCCUGAUCUAAGUGGACCAGAGUACCAUGAUUACUUUAAUAAUGUCCGUCAUGUGCCUGCAUACAUGCCAUAUCAAAAUGGACAGAAAAUGUAUUCAAGUUUAACAAAAAUUCCAACAAAAAGUCCUGAAAGAAGUCAAGAUAAGCCAGCACGUAAGAUUAAGAUACGUAAGAGACCAGAAAGUCAGAAAAGUCUACCACUACCAAAUUCAAACUAUCUAAGACCUCUAACCCCUCAUUUACCUAUGGGUGGAUUAUCAAGUCGUGACAGUUUUGAUGAUCAAGCUGUUCCUAGGAAGAAACAACCUAGCAGACGACAGAUGCGGCCAGCAUCCUCCAUUGAUUUUUCACAUGCAGAUAUUGAAAGACGGGAAAUGUUUGCAAAAAGUUUCACAAAUUCAGGAAAUUUUAACCAGGAAGACUCUUAUCAAAGAGGACGUAAUGAAUUUUCUCCAGAAAUUUAUGAAAGGAAGGAAAGCCAUCAAGAAAAACUUUAUCGUCAGAGUCAACUGAAUUCACCACGUGGGCAGCCUGGAGAAGGUAGAGCAAGGAAUGAUUUACAUAUGUCUCUUCAGAAAUUGUUAGCUGAACGACAAAAAGCAGAUUUAGAUAAACAGAGACAAGAUAACUAUGAAGAAAACCAUCCAUAUGCAAAUGAUCCUCCAUUUAGACCUCUAGCAUCAAGUUCUGUAGAGGAAAACAUAGACAUUAACAAUAAACCGCCAGAACUUCCUCCAAAAAAUACAGAACAAGUAGAGGAUUAUGGGAUAUUUGGAGACGAUGACGAGGAGGAAGAGGAGGAUGAAGAUGAUUAUGAAUAUGAUGAUGAUUAUCGGGACAGGAAACCAGUGCCAGAAAACCAGAAUGUAUCAAGACUACAAGAAGUAUUAGAAAAUUCAGAUACAUCAUCACCAGAACCAGUGACAAUUGAAAGUGAACAAAGUGUUUCUCAAUCACGAACAAAACAUUAUGAAAUGGAUUCUGAUCACGAAGAACAGUCACUAACAGAAUCUUUGUCUCUUGAUCUUACCAUUAGUGGUAGUUCAACACAUGAUCAGAAUUUUAGUGGGAGAGGUGAAGAAAGUGAAAAAUUGUCAAAUGAAGAAAAAAGUACAAAAAGAGACAGAAAAAUGAGACCUGAAAAUUUAGUUCCUAUGAAACCUGAAAGGAGAAAAACUGUGGCUAGCACUACUCCUAUUGAAGUCAAAAGUGAUGACAUUGACAGUGGAAGUGAAAGAAGACAUUCUUUUGUUCAAGGUCAAAAGCCUCCAGAAGAAUUUAGAAAACCAGAAACAAUUAAUUCUGAAUCAGAUAAAAAUCAGUUAAGUAUUUUUUCAGGAGAUACAGACAAGAGAAUGACUAAACCAUUGUCACUUAAAGCAAGACAAAUGGAUGCAUUUAACAUUGCACCUCCUAAGGAGGCAACUUUCUCUGUUUCUCAAUUGAGAAGUCGUGAAGGAACAGCUAGAAAAUUGCCACAAGUUAAUGGACGAUUUAGUGUUCCUGUGUUUGAUUCAAAUUAUAAAUCCAAAAUUCCAACACCUCCACUUAGUCCUACAGACAGUAAAUCAUCAAAAACAGGAAGUGUUAAAGAAACAAAAAUCCCGGUUUACUCGCCAUUAAAAAAGAAAGGAGAAAAAUCUUCCACUGAAAAUAUAUCCCGGUCAACUGAAGAUGUGUCCAAGUUAAAAAAGAAGAGUCACUUCAAGGAUUCAAUCAAAAGUUUCUUUGGGAGGAAAAGGAAGACAGGCAAAUACAAGUUUAAAGAUCUUUCGGCAUCAACCAAUGACUUGUGGAUGGGAGGAUUUGAUAAUGUGAUAGACAUUGAUAUUGCAGAAGAUAGUAACACUAUAUACCAUGAAGAAUUUCUAUCCACCUUUCCACGUACAGCCUCGGCAAACAGAAAUCCACCUCCUUACAAUUAUUUCGUUGAAGAACCUUGCAGUGCUGUCUGAAGCUUGUACUAAUACAUUUACAUCAUGCAUGAUAGGAUAUCUGUGUGUUUGGGAAGAACAAGACAGCGGGAUUAUGACUGAAUACCUCUAACACCAACACCUUUUUAAAUGUCUCUUUUCCUUUUAAGUUUAAAUCAAUUUCAGAUCAUUUUUCUGUAUUCUGUAAACAGCAUCUAAACCCUCAUGUACAAGAAAUUAUUCUCACUUACCUGACUGGUCAAGAUAUUUGAUUGGGGAAGAAUACGAUAAUCUAUCAUUAUUUUGUUCUGAUUCACCCAUAGAACACAAAAUUCAAUAUUUUUGUACUUGAACUGUUUAUGUUUAAAUAUUCAGACAAAGUUUUACAUUCUUAAUGAGUUCUAACAUGAAAUUAAGUCUUUACAUUUGUUUCUUGUUAUAAUACAUGUACAUAGUUUUGGCCUUCCCAAACAUAACACAUAAUUGUCAUUUAUAAACAUGAUUUGCAUGGGGCAACUGCAUUCAUCUCUCAUCAGGUCACCAUUAUUAUAAUAAACUUUCAGUGGGAAGUCUAGUUGAUAUAAAUUGCUUGCUAUAAAACCAUUUCAGCUGACAAGCUGACAAAUUUUAAGUUUAAAGACUUACAAAAAGUACAAUAAAGUAAAAUAAUUAUGUCCUCUGUAUGGAUAAAACAAGAUUCUUGAAAUCUUUAUUUCAAUUAAUUAAACAUUAAGAAAUUCUUUAAAAUAUUUUAUUUGGUUAUGAAAAGAAAAUCGGUGACCUCUUAGAUAGAGUUGAUUUGCAUAGGUUUUCAAAAUCAACCUAAGGAGAGGAAAUGGUUUCUAUAAAGAUGCAAACAAACUGCUUGUUUUUCUUUCGAAAUCUUAUGCAAAGUUGUCUUUAAAUACUGAAGUGUAACGAUUAAGAUCUUUGGGGCUGAUGAUAUGCUGUCGUGUAUCUAUUUUUGCCGAAAUAAGCCCUGUAUUUGUUUACCAUUAUUAAAGUUGUGUCAGAACCUUUCCUCUCCUUGCACAUUUUUACCUUUCGUUAUUCCAUCAUUUUGCUUUCAAAAAGCAUGAUAAGCCUGUUGCAUGUAAUUCCAAUUUCACAUGCUGUUAAGGAGUUCACAUUUGUUCCAUUAAUGUGUUAUAUAAGAGAGAAAAAACUAACAUGUAAAUUGAAAUGUUUAUAUGAACAAAUCUUGGAACAAAUGAAAUAUAGCUAACAUGUCUUCAAACAGACAUAAAUUGUACAACCUCUACCAAAAAUUUGAAAAUCAAUAUAUAUUUAUAUAUAGUUAUGGCAUUUAAAAAGUCUUGAAAAAAUUAACGAAAAAUCUUUAUUUAACACAACAAUAUUGUAUGUUUAUGAAUUUGGCUGGUAAAGACUGAAUGCACCAUGUCUAAUUGAUUUUAAGAUUUUGUUGACAUAUAUAUAUUUUGUUGUGUAUUAUUAGAAAAAGAGAUAUCAGCACCUUAAGUUAAUUGAACCAUGUACAAUUUAUGCUAUAUAUUUAAUCAUCGAUUCAUUUUUGUCUGUAAGAAAAAGCAUUUAUAAUAUUAACUAUGCAUUUAGAACAGACUUCAAUAGUCGUCACCCCUGUUAGUUAAGACACCAAAUUGUAAACAUUUUUAUAGUGCAAUAUUUAUCAUUGUUUACCAGUAUUUGUUUAUCAUCAUCUGUCCAUAUUGGAAUUUUGUUUUAAUAUAAAUUUGAUUCCUAAAAUCAUACAUUUAUUCAUGUAGGUUCUUUCAUUCUUAUUCCCAAAAAUCUCUUUUAAGGUGGUACCUAACACUACAGGGAGAUAACUCUCUAAAAUCAGCUAAACGUUUUAAUUAUGUUGUGUUGUAAAGGGAACAUAAAGCUUCUCAAUGAUCAAAAUUGGUAUUUGUCAAACUGCUAUAUGACCAGUGUAAUUUUUCUGACAAAACGGUUGGUUCAAAAUUUUUGAAAUUUUUAUAUUUUUGUUCAAGGGUCAAAGUAAAUACUUUGACAAAAUUUUAUGAAAAUUAAACGAGCCAAAUUAAUUUUAGUGAAAGUGUUGGGUACCACCUUAAAUGUCCCAAAUCUCAGUGACAUAGAAUAUAAGAUUUACUGUAGAGUAAUAGAAGAACAACCACUAAUUUUAAUGAAUAAUCUGUUAGAGGAAACAAAAUUAAAGUAUAGCUUAGAUGUUAUUGUUUGCUAUAUUGAAAUUUAGUCUAUUCUAAGACUCAGUGGAUUCUGUGCAUCUAUAGACAGCAAACCGGUAAUCUGAAGUUCAAAAUAUUUUAAAAUCAAGGUAUUGAACAACAAUUAAAAGUUCAAUUUGAGGCAAUUAAAACCCCAAAUAAUGACUUCUUGCCCAAAUCUUUUAAGUGCCAAAUCAAACAAUAUUUGUAUGGGUUUUUGUUGUGAUGUGUGAACUGUAGUUUGAUUCUACUUUGUAGGGGACAGGGUCUUUAUAAGUUUUCAGAAGAAUUAUUUCAGCCAGUGCACACUUUUACAACCAUUGUAUUAUCUGUAUGGCCUACUUAUUCAACCGUAAAAAUUUUGAUAUUUUUUUUAUACAAUUUGUAAUGUGACUUGAAUAAGUGUACAGGUAAUCAUGAUCCACUCUAAAAUUUCCAUCAUUUUGGAAUUUUAAGUUAGAUAUUAUAGAUCUGAUAUCUAGAUUCUCAUUAUUUACAAAAUCUGAUUAAGUAAUUAUUGAACAUUGAAUUAUAUUCUUCAGUAAAUAUGCUGUCUAAAAAUCUUUCAUUAAGAAAUAUACAUGGCACUGUUUUACAUUUAUGUAUUUAUACAUUUUCUAACAGAAUUAUCAUUGUGAAAUAGAUAUGUACAUAUAUCAUUGGAUCAGGUCAUUCAAGUUUUAACCAAAGUCACAUGAAGGAAGAAAUAACUGAUCAUUUCUACAUACAGUGCUGUAUUGAUAUUUUUAUAUUUAUACAUUCUUGUCUUCCAUAUCUAUUUUUAGAAUGCUAUGUCAUCAAAUUUUUAACAUAAUCAUCGAAUUAUAAUUAGAUUUGUAUUUAUAUUUUACAAAAUAUACAAAUUAUGUAAGAUAUUUUCAAAAUAUUUCAAUAUAUAUGUAAACAAAUGAAUUGAUAAAAACACUGAAACGAUA